AUGGGUGACUGGAAUGCAUUAGGAAAACUUCUCGACAAGGUUCAAGCAUACUCCACAGCAGGAGGUAAAGUCUGGCUCUCUAUCCUCUUCAUCUUCCGGAUCCUGGUGCUGGGGACAGCCGUGGAAUCAGCCUGGGGAGACGAACGGUCUGCUUUCGAGUGCAACACAGAGCAACCUGGUUGUGAAAAUGUGUGCUAUGAUGACGCCUUCCCUAUAUCUCACAUGCGUUUUUGGGUGCUGCAAAUCAUCUUCGUCUCCAUGCCAACCCUCCUCUACCUUAGUCACAUUGCCUACCUCAUGCACAAAGAGGAGAAACUUAACAAGAAAGAGGAAAAAUUGAAAGCCAUUCAGAGUAAAGGUGGAAAUGUUGACGUGGCCCUCCGAAAAAUUGAACUUAAAAAGUUCAGGUAUGGCCUGGAGGAACAUGGAAAAUUCAAAAUGCGAGGAGGCUUGCUCAAGACAUACAUUGUAAGCAUUGUGUUGAAAUCUGUAUUUGAAAUUGGAUUCUUGAUGAUACAGUGGUACCUUUAUGGAUUCACCCUGUCAGCCGUUUAUAUAUGCGAGAAGGCACCAUGCCCCCACAAAGUUGACUGUUUCCUCUCCCGUCCGACUGAGAAAACUAUCUUCAUCAUCUUUAUGCUAGUCGUGUCCCUUGUUUCUUUGGCCCUCAAUGUCAUUGAAUUGUGCUACGUUAUUUUCAAGAGUAUUAAGGAUCGGAUGAAACAAUCAGAGAAAUUCUAUCACGCGAACGGGGUUCUUAGGUCCUGUCCCACGGACCUUUCCCCGUCUAGGUGCAUGUGCUACAAUGACUGUUCGGCUCAAGUCUCAAACCUUGCCUACAAUCUGGAUACAGUGGAGAAGUCAAACUCCUCUGACAAUUAUGACAAGCAAGUGAAUGAACAGAACUGGGCUAAUUACAGCACGGAGCAGAAUCACCUAGGCCAAAGAGAAACUGCUUUUACUUGUUGCCAAAGUCCAAGUUUUCAUUAUCCAGAAAAACCAGCGUCAGGGAAAGAGCUUCUGCUCCUCAAACAGAUUGAUCCUCGGCCCAGUAGUCGGGGCAGCAGUCGCGCCAGGCCUGAUGACCUUGACAUUUAG